AUGUUUGACAGGAUCCUCCAAUGGCGGAGACUAGAUCCCGACUUACACGGACCGGCAGAGGAGAUUGUACAAAUCUCAAGUCCACCUGCAGCGCCCCAUAGCACCGCAAUGUCUCGCCAAAACGAAAACCUAGCAUCGGUUCCAGAUCGGGCCCAGGGCUUGUCGGAGCGCCAUUCUUCUGGGGUCGCCCUGCGAGCCGACACUCGUCACACGCAGGACGACGAAGCAAUCACGACGGAGCGCCGCAAGUCCCUGCGAUUGCCUGACUUGUUCCGUAAACGUUCAUUGAGUGCAAGUGCAUAG